UUAAUGAGCUAUGGAAGGGGGUCAUCAUCAUCAUCAUCAUCAUCAACAUCAGCUAAGCGUUAACAUGGUGGACACAGGUGGUGAUCGAUUCCCUCAAUGGAGUCUCCAAGAAACAAAAGAGUUCUUAUCAAUCAGAGCAGAUCUAGAUCGUACUUUCAUGGAAACCAAACGAAACAAGCUUCUUUGGGAAGUCAUCUCUUCUAAGAUGAAAGAAAGGGGUUACACUCGUAGCGCUGAACAGUGCAAGUGCAAGUGGAAGAAUCUCGUCACUCGUUACAAAGGAUGCGAAACCAUGGAGCCUGAAUCGAUGCGCCAACAAUUCCCAUUCUAUAAUGAACUUCAAGCAAUAUUCACAGCCAGGAUGCAGAGGAUGUUAUGGUUGGAAGCAGAAGGUGGUGGUGGUGGUGCCGCCGCUAGCGGCGGCAGUAGUUCUAAAAAGAAAUCAGUGAGAUUGUCUUCAGAUGAUGAAGAUGAUAAUGAAGAAAGUGAUAGUGGUAAGAAGAAAAGGAAGGGAAAGGCCACUAGUGGUGGUGGUGGUGGUGGUGGUACUAGUAAUAAUAAUUUGCAGGAGAUAUUGGAAGAUUUUAUGAGGCAACAAAUACAAAUGGAGGUGCAAUGGAGAGAAGCAGUAGAAGCAAGGGAAGAGGAAGGAAGGUUAAGAGAGAUGGAAUGGAGACAAACCAUGGAAGCUUUGGAGAAGGAGAGGUUGAUGAUGGAUAGGAGAUGGAGGGAAAGAGAAGAACAAAGACAAAUGAGAGAAGAAGUUAGGGCAGAGAAGAGAGAUGCUCUCAUCACAGCUUUAUUAAACAAGUUAAGGCGUGAAGAUAAAGACUUGUAAGUUUGUUUAGGUUGGAUUUUUAUG